GUCAGAGUGUGGUGCCUAGGAAUUCAGAAAGAAAUAUGUUACAGCCAAAACAUUGAUGAAUCCAUCUCCCAAAAGUCAAAACCGGGAUACUGGUCAGUGAAUGUGGGGAUAGGAUAAGAGUGUGGAUAUGGAGUUGGUGCUGUGUGGAGAUAUGAAAGUCAACUCGAUUAAAAGCUUUUCAGAGUAAAAAAAAAAAAAAAAAAACUUCCACUGGAACAAAUCAUCCAUUUGGCAGUGGAAAAGUUGGUUCGAUAAGAAAUCAAGCAUCAAUUGAUUCCAAUAACUCGAAUUGUUGAAAUAAUUUUAUGUACAAAUUUAACCACUUCAUUACAUAUCCCCUGAAAUGAACCACGAACUCCAUCUGUUUCUAUUGUCUGUCAAAACAAAAAUCAUCAUCUGUCAAAAUAAUCCCAGGUAAUUUUCGAACGAGCCAGUUGGCGAAAAUUGUUUUUCCAUGCUUUAUAUUGGCUGCAAGAUAUUGCUAGAUAUCAACCAUGUAAGCGCCCUACACUUCCAUGGUGCCCAAACCGAAUCCACAUGACAAAAAAGAGGACUUUUACCGUCAAAUGCCAAAUACAAACAGUAAAAAUGUCAGGCUAGAUUGUUAAUGUGAUCAACCAAGAGGAAUGUAGCAACAUUUUGUACUAAGCAGUUGCGUAGCAGCAGAAGCAGCUGGAGCAACAACCGUUCUCAAUCCUUAAAAAUUUUCUCAAAGUGAAAAAAUAAAAUAAAUCCUCAUCGGGUUCUUCAAUUGAUCAUCAUCAUUGUAUUAUAUCCAUAAGUCUCUCAGUCUCAGUCAAGGUUUCAGUCCUGUGCCUCCUGCAGAGAGUAGGUUCACGCAAGCAGAGACAAAGGGGCGUUAGAUUCAUCAGCUGAACGAACUUUGGGGGAAGCACCCGUGUAUAAGAAGAGAAAAAGCACGGAGAGCAGCAUUCGUUUGACAAUGAAAUACUAGAGUUAUCAUAUAGUAGUCACAUGUUCUACAGGUGGGAACUUAGUAGGGGAAAUCAAAGACACAAGCAUAGUAAGUUCGAUAUGGACAUUCGAGCUCCUUUUGACUGUCCUAAAUCCUAAUCCUAUCUUACCAAGGCAGGUAUCAGUAGACCUUAAACGGUAACUGGUAAGCUAACAACUCAAAACAUAUGGAGAGCAAGAAAAAUACACAUGAGUAUAAUAUCAGAAAGUCGGCAUAAUAGAAUGUCAGAUCUUUCAUUGCUGGUGAUUGGCAUCACACUGUUCUUACAAAAAAAAAAAAAAAAGAAGAAGCUCUUUGUUUCCUUUGUCACUUGGCCAACUUAACUAAGUGACACAACUAAGUAAAUCAAAGAGUCUACAGCUCAACAAAACAGCCAAAAGUCAACUUGGUCAUCUAUAUAUCAGUACGUUAUCAAUCAUUCAGGCUCUCCGCGGCAUUGUAACCUGCUAACGGGAUAUCUUAGCUACAUAGCCGGAUAAUUUAAGUUCGUAGAACUCCAAAAGGAAGAAUACCAUAACCAGCUACCAGUGACAUUCUCUGUGAGGUCCAUACCACGAUUUAAUGCCCGGGAAUCAGAAUCAAGACAACCUUCCAGACUAUUGAUGUGGCAACACUCCUUUUUGCUACACAUGCUUUGCCUCAUCAUGAUGAAAUGUUAAAUUCAAUGGUUCCUUUUGUCCUCUUUGCUUAUUAUCUACUAACUUAAGCACUUCGAGUUUACCUUGAGAAUGAAGUGAUUUCGGUCUACAGUAUCAAAAUUAUGGUUUUUGGUACCAAACUUAAUUCCAGUGGAGGAGAAAAUCUACUCAUACAGAUUCAUAUUGCACGAAAUCCCAUGUAACUUCCGGAAUGCAUGUAUUAGAGCAACAAAUAAACAAUCACUCCAUCUCACCUGAGGAGUUGGAGCACUCGCCACCUUAAGAGCUGGUGAUGUUGCAGGAGACCCUUCAAAAAUACGAGAGCACUCAGUGUACGCGGCUCCAGCGCCCACUCCUGCACCAAAUGCUACAGCAGCCCAGCGAGUCACUGGUGUCCCUAUUUUGAAACGGAAGAUCACAUCAUCAACUCAUUAUUAUUAGAACAUCCCCCCAGCAUUCAAUUUAUUAAAAACAAGCAUAAAUCUAGCUCAUGCAAGCCACAGAUAUACAGCGCAUAAGGAUCGUGAUUGUGUGUGCAUCUUCUUACACCUUACACAACCAGCAUAACUGCAUCUUUACAUUCUCUCGCUCAUCCAUUCUAAAAAUCAAGGCUUUCCACAUUCAUUCAAUCAAUCCUUCAUGGGAAACCAACAAAGACAAGGCAGAACUGGUAAUUUCCUUAAACCGAAAGGAAUUUUAGCCAAGCAACAAGUAGAAACAAAAUUUCACCACCCACCAGAAGAAAAAACCUAAUCCGAAGAGUGCAACCAAGUACGGGACUAUUCGGCCCGUUCCACCAUUUUCAGACCUUCCGAGCUAAUUAAAAUAAGGUUGUAUAGUUGGCGUUUAAACAUCUAUUGGUAAACGGAUAAAUGGGGGAGAGAUGAGAAGAAGAAGAAGGAAAACUAACUGAAAAAGAGGAGACCGCCGAAGGCACCAGCCAUGGACGAGUAAACGAAGCGGCGAACGGUCAGAUCGAUACAAGCGUCCCAUUUCGCGUUCACGUCAACGGCCUCCGCCAUAUUCGAUUGCUAACUGCGCUACUCUGUUCGGAUUUCUUCUGCCUUUCGUUCUUCGCUUUCAGUAUUCGUCCUGUUCUUCUUCUUCUUCUUCUCCGUCCUUCCCUUUUCUCUGGUUAGUUCGAUGAGGUUCCGUUCCGUCCUCUGCUUCUUUCUCACGGUCGGGCGUGGAGCCGUAUUUGCCUAUUUGGGCCUACUGAGAUCACUUUUUGGCCCAAUUUGUGUUGGGUUGGGCCCUAGUUAGUGUAGAGAAUCCAGUACAAAAGGAUAACAUUCUAAAAUUAGAGACUAAAUUGGUAAACCGGUACAAUUUUAGCAGCUAGAAGUAAUCCUUUCUGCUUCUUGUACUUCAGUACUGACACGUAGACAUUUACAGGAUAAUUCAGGAGCCAAAAGAUUUCUCUCUGUAAAAUCCGAACUCCAUGGGAUAUGGAGCGAGCUCCGUUAAUCCAUCCAGCCUCUCCGGCUUCAUUGAGCCACGAAUUCGUCGCCGGCGACCGCUCCAUUUCUCUGCCCAACCGACUCAACGUUGUGGUUGCCGGAGCAGCGACUCGACCGUAAUGUACUCUUCCCGCCACUACUCGUUUCGGCCGUUCGAUUUUCAGCGAACAUAUCUUCGCCGCCAAAGAACGCCGAAAUGGCGAUGUCGAUCGUCGCUGAAGUUCAGCUCCCUCGAGCUCCCGCUCCUUCCUUUCAACUCGAACGAGGUUUUAGUUCCUUCAGAGAGCAAGACUCUGCAUCUCUAUGAAGCUAGGUAUCUGGCUUUGCUAGAAGAGGCUUUGGUGCAGAAGAAGAUGUUUGUGCAUUUUGUGUUGGAUCCAAUCUCGAUCAGCGAUUCAGGAGGUGAAGCUUCCUUUGCUGCUAGAUAUGGCUGCCUGGUCAAUAUAGAGAGUGUUGAGCGUCUAGAUGUCGGAGCAUUGGUGUCUGUUCGAGGAAUUGGGCGUGUCAAGCUUGCUGGUUUCUUGCAGUCGGAGCCUUACUUGAGAGGUGAAGUGAAGCCAGUACAGGACAUCGGUGUCGACAGUGCUAAUGAGAUCAGUUCAAAAGUUACACAAGUGAAAGAAGCUCUUGGCAAUUUAAAUAGCCUAGAAAUCAAACUGAAGCCUCGCAAGGACGAAUUGUUGCAGACGCGACUGGCCAACGCACUUUGGUGGGCCGAAAAGGAACUCGAACUAGAUUGUGAUGAAGCUUUCGUCCCAUCUCUUGCAGAACGCAUUUCCUUCGCCGCAUUGCAACCAAUUUCAGGCUCUUCACAAUCAGAACUAUACAACCUGCAGCAAGAGAAGUUACGAGCAAUGGACAUGAGAGACACGCUGAAAAGGCUGGACGGUUCGCUGAAGCUAAUUAGCCAGAACAUUUCGAUGGUCGCAGCAAAGCUCGCCAUUCAAUCUCUCGGAAUGUCGUAAGCUGUAAAAAGUAAAAACAUGUCGAAACUGGUAAAAGAAAUACUUCCUUCCAACUCAUAUUUGCUUCCUUUCUGUACAGGUCAAAACGGUAAUUACUCAAUCGAAGAGUAUAUUACUAAUAGUGAGUCAUUCAGUCAAAGCAAAGUUGCAUCCAUAAGCAUACCUCCAAAUACUAACGAAGUAAUAAUGACUAAUGAAAACU